ACAUUAGUAGAGGGACCAGAGAUGAAAAAAUAACCGCUGCAGAAUUAUAAACGGCAGCAGAAGGCGACGUCACUCAAAACUCAUUGACGUUUCCGUGACCUAACGGAAAUCCAGUCGGUCGGCCCAAAAAAUUAAUUAAAUGGAAAAAGAAAAUUAUAAGACCCCUGAGAGAAUAACGACAGCAAUAACCUCUCUCUUACACCAUCGUCGGCCUCUAUCAAUCUCCGGCAGCAAUAAUGACUUCGGUAUCGGCUGGGGAUCUUGUAGUCGAGCAAUCAGAACCGGAUUUCCUUCCAGGGAUGGCGGCGGCGGCGGCGACAGCGGAGGCUGAGCAAGGGAUUGAAGCUGGAGCAGAAGCGCAGCAGGGCGAGGUCGCGGCGGCGCAACCACAAGCACUAGCUGAGGAGAAGUGGCCGGGAUGGCCAGGGCAUAACGUGUUCAGGCUGAUAGUUCCGGUACUGAAAGUAGGUAGCAUUAUCGGAAGAAAGGGCGAGCUGAUUAAAAAGAUGUGCGAGGAAACACGAGCACGAGUUCGCAUCCUCGAAGGCCCCCUAAGUACUCCCUAUCGAAUCGUUUUGAUAACUGGAAAAGAAGAUCCAGAAGCACCACUAUCACCUGCAAUGGAUGCGGUGUUAAGAGUAUGCAAACGUGUCAAUGGUCCAUCUUCUGGUGAAGGUGACAACACAAAUGCUGCAGCUGCCGGCGCUGCAAUUUGUUCCAUUAAGUUAUUAGUUGCAAGCUCACAAGCAAUUAAUUUAAUUGGAAAGCAGGGAUCCAUAAUCAGAUCGAUACAGGAGAGUAGUGGUGCAGCUGUAAGGGUGUUAGCAGAAGAUCAAUCGCCAUCAUAUGCUGCUUCAGAAGAGCGACUUGUUGAGAUACACGGGGAAACACUGAAGGUACUAAGUGCUCUAGAAGCAGUAAUUGGACAACUGAGGAAGUUCUUGGUUGACCAGAGUGUCAUUCCCAUAUUUGAGAAAAUUACACAGGAGCGCUCUGCUGAUUCCAAGCCUGAUAGGGUACAGCCCUCAAUGCGGCAGACUGUUUCUGCUUCUCAUGCAGGGAGUAUCAGUUCUGAAUAUUCCCUGUCUAUAAAGCGGGAUCCUUUACUAUUUGAGCGCGAGGCACGCAUUGAACAACAAAAACAUGCACAUGCACUUGGAUUGCGUUCAACGGGUCUUGGUCACGCUAAUGUACCCAUAGUCACUCAGGUGACGCAAACUAUGCAAGUGCCCCUCUCAUAUGCAGGGAAUAUAAUUGGAGUUAAUGGGACGAACAUUGCCUACAUUCGCCGUGUCAGUGGAGCAGUUCUCACAAUUCAAGAGAGCAGAGGUUAUCCUGAUGAGAUCAUCGUGGAAAUCAAGGGCAGUACUUCCCAGGUCGAGAGGGCUCAACAGCUAAUUCAGGAGUUUGUAGGUAAUCACAAGGAUCCGGUGGUGGCACCACCGAGUUCGUACGGGAAGGUCGAUGCAGGAUACAGUUCAUACUCACAACAGUUGUCAGAGACCAACUAUCCAUCUUCUUACUCUCCUAGACUAGGUGAAGGAGGAGCUUAUGGUUCCCCUGCGUUAGGAUUAGGAGGCUAUAGCGGUUACAGAUAUUGAAUAAUAACCAUGUUGUAAUGUAAUCAAAUCUACUGAGCUGCUUUCACUCACGGCCUGAAUGCAUGUUUCUGUAGUGGCUUCUGUGGUUGAACUUUUUUCAUAACAUAGAACAUAUAUCUGUAAAUUAUCAUUCCUUUGCCUCCAGAUUUUAACUUUAGUCGAGUUAGCGAAUUGUUUACCCCGUUCGAUUGCAAGUGUUGUGUUGAUUGGCGAAAUCGAUGAGAUUGCAAUAUUGCAUGAAUUUUUUUGGUUAUAUGCAUUUUUUUGAAAUGUGCGUGAAUGUCACUCUAUUGACUGAAGUGAGCUUCCGAACUGUAAUGCAAUUUGGCGAACAUUUUUUUUAUUAUCUCGUCAUGGCUUCAUACUGCAAAUAUCAACUUUGUCGAAGAGCUUGAAGGAUAAAAACCAGUAAACCAC